CUGAACUAUGCAACAGCAACCAUGGGGGCGGGUGCGUAGGGGAAAUCCUGAUCUUAUAAAGGGAACACGAUCUUCUAUUACACCGGCAGCAAUAGAAAAUGGAGCUGUUCGUACUAAGCCACUUGCUGGCUUGCUGCUUCUUACAGGCCUGGGCAGCAGAUAGGGAAUAUUACAUUGGGAUUACAGAAACGGAUUGGAAUUAUGCUCCCGGGACAAAGAACAUCAUAUCUGGAAAUCCGUUUUCAGAAGAUGAGUAAGUGAUACUCGCUUUGGGCUAACUGUAUUGAAAACAAGCUUUCACCUUUUAGUAUAGACGAUUUAUCUCUGUUGAUUUUAAUGGGUGCUCAGUAAAUGCAUGUUGUAGUACAGCCUGAUGCAAAGAAGGAUGAGACUCUGGUACUUGCAACAACAAAUUUCAGCCGAUGCAGUUUUGUUCAAGCUAUGCCUGCAAAAAUUGUAUACGUGGCUUCUUUUCUUUAUUGUCACAUUAGUAUACAGUGGUACCUUGGGUUAAGAACUUAAUUUGUUCUGGAGGUCUGUUCUUAACCUGAAACUGUUCUUAACCUGAGGUACCACUUUAGCUAAUGGGGCCUCCCGCUGCCGCUACAUGAUUUCUGUUCUCAUCCUGAAGCAAAGUUCUUAUCCUGAGGUACUACUUCUGGGUUAGCGGAGUCUUUAACCCAUAGCUGUCAAUUUACAGAUUUGAAAAUAAGGGACCAGCAGCCUUGAAAAUAAGGGACCAGCAGCCAAAAUAAGGGACCUGCAGCCUCACCUGUUCCAGGCACUCCAGUCUUCCUGUCCAUCUGCAGUCUGGUCAAACUCAUGCUGGUAGCUUCGAGAACACUGUCCAACCAACUUUGUAACCAGAGGUUCAACUGAAUAGAAUCUGAAUCACAUGCACCACAAGGCCUAUGCAACCUCAACUUAAGAUGGCUCCCCGGCCUGGCUUUGCACUGUAAAGUUUGCAGCAGCACAUGCAACAAAAUGGCGUCCAGCAUUCAAAAAACCCCUCAGCUUGCAUUAACUAGCCACACAUAAGGCAUGCAAGCUCCACCCCCCAGUCGUUCUUAGACUUCUUAUUGGGUGAGCAACACAGCCAAGCAACACAGUUGGAGCCUUCCUCCUCCCUGGCCGGUAGAGAGGGAGGGAGAGGAGCUGCUUCCUUUGAAAUUUAAGGGACAUCAUUUAAGGGACAUUUAAGGGACAUCUAUCAAUAAGGGACAGCAGCAGGACAUGGCGCUGGAAUAAGGGACUGUCCUUUCAAAUAAGGGACACUUGACAGCUAUGCUUUAACCUGAAGCGUCUGUAACCCGAGGUACCACUGUACAGAUUUGCUUCUAUCGAAGUAUACUGGCUGCUUAAGGACUACUUAAGAAAAAAAGUUGAUUUGUAUGGAAAGGAAAAGUGGCUCAUGCGGUUCCUACAGGAAUGCAGCGAUGGCCACUAACCUAGGUGGCUUUAAAAGAGGAAUAGACAAAUUCAUGGAGAAGAGGGAUGUCGAAGGCCACUAGCCAUGAUGUCUAUGCUCUGCCUCCAGAGGCAAUAAUACUUCUGAAUACCACAGGAGGGGAGAGUGCUCUUUGUGCUCAGUUACUGCUUGUAGGCUUCCCACAGGCGUCUGGCUGGCUACUGUGAGAACAGGAUCUUGGACUAGAUGAUUCAGUAGGGUCAUCUUAUGUUCUCCUCCAACCAGCCUGAGCGUUCAGCUUAAUUUACUUGGCUUAUGAGGAGUUUAGCUAAUAUCCUGUGUCUACUGAGCGCUUGUUCUGAUUUGUUUGUGCGGUGGUUAUACAACACUGAACCUCCUGCACCCAUCCUGAUUUGCUUGUGAUAUGUUUAUAUGUGUUCAUGUGGGCAAUUCCUCCACCCAGGGCCACCUUACCCAUAGGCACUAGGGGCGCAGGGCACCUGGGUGCCAGGCUCUCAGGGGCUCCAGGCCGAGAGUCUGGGGCCUGAGAGUUGAGUCCGGGGAAGAGCCCGCCUGUCGGUUGGAGUGCUGCGGCGGACUCUUCUGUUGUGGGCGGUUCUGAGCUGCGAGUUUGGGAGUGACCGAGACAGUGAGGCGCUGAGGCGACCGGCUGGCUCCGCCCUCCUGCGCACCUGGGACUGGGCAACCUGGGGGGGGGCGCUGGGCGGAUCUUUGCACCCCAGCACCGCAUAAGCUUAAGACAGCCCUACCUCCACCUCACACUUUUCAAUGCAUUUCACUGUCACUUUCCAAAUCAUAAACGGUCCAAAUAUUUUCUUAAAGCUGACAGAUCCUUUUAAGCUGCCGUCACUGCAUGAAUCUAAAGUUUCCCUCUGAGUUUUGAUUCCCUCCCACAAAAUACUGGCGCUCUGGAGGCACCCCAAAAUGUUGUGGUGAGACAGUCUAUACAUCUAAAUUAAUUUAGAGUUAUUUUUACACUGCAAUCCUAUUCAUGUCUACUCAGAUGCAUGCCCCAUUGUGUGCAGUGGUUCUUGUGGUUUAAAAUAAACCAAUUAUAAACAAACAGACAUUCUGAGGAGAGAGGAGUGGUUUGAUAAGAAGUGAGGUUGUGGCCACGGGUUCUGUGUUCGAGACUGAUGUGGAAAUGCAGAGAUGGCAAUCUCUGCUGGAGAAGCGUUGAAACAGGAAGCAAAAGCAGAAGAUGGUCAAAGAGAAAAAUCUGUUAAUCCUUUCUCAAGGGCUCUCAUGUGAGAUGCAAAAGAGGCGUUUGAGGACAAUGACAUGACACAAUGAGCACUCAAAAUCAACAAAGCUGAUCCUGGCCUUUGCCCCUCCCUUUGCUUAAUCUAGGCAUCUUACCAACACCAGUCUCCUUGUCUUUGUUGAAAGCAGCUGGGCAAGAAUGAGGAAAGAAAUUUAAAGGACUGAGAAACACAGUGCCUCUCAGGGGCUAGCAAUAACCAGACACACAGAGUAUUUCUGAAGAGCAAAGCAAAGGGAAAAGGCUGGGCGACACCAACAAGAGACAUACAACAGACCUUCACUGCCGUGGUGUGUCGGCAACUCUAUUAGCUCUCUGACAAAGCACAGAGGCAUAGGGUCCAAUUUCUUUCUUGGUGUAAAUUCACUGAGAACAGCGAAGUUGCACUGUGGGGUUGCUUUUGGUCUAUGACGCUUGACGUUUCACUUUUAACCUCUACUUAAACCCUUUAGCCCUCAGGAAUCUUAGCUAUGAGGUGGAGUUUUAAUGAAAGCUAUUAUCUUUGCAGAGGAAGAGAAGGAGACCUUCCAAUUAAAUAUGAAUUAUUUGGACAGUCCAAGGAGAGCCAUGACAUGCACAUCCGAUUUAAUUUGUGACCCACAGAGCUUCCUGUAAACAGGCUCAUAGCCUGAGCCUUUGCAGCAACACUGGUCUCCUUUGGAAAUCUCCUCCUUGCAGAGAAAAACCCAACAAGGAGAAACUACCCGUUGCACAUUGGCAACCAGUCCUAGGUGGGGAAGCUUGGAUGGGGAGUUUGCCAAAUGUGUGUUGACAUUUCAGUGGGUCUCCUCUGUUGCUGCACCCUGCUGAAAAAAGCCCAUUCUCAUGUUGCCACCUUCUCAUGGAGCAGGCACAUGAAGAAGGGCCUCAGAUGAUGAUCACAGGGUCCGUCUCAGUUCAUAUGAGGAGAGGCGGUCCUUGAGAUAUUGCGGUCCUGAGCCAUUUAAGGCUUUAUAGGUCAAAAUCAUCACGUUGAAUUGGGCCCGGAAACCAAUUGGCAGCCAGUGCAGUCAGGCCAGGACUGGUGCUCUAAUUAUCAUUAUUUAUUGAUAUAAUUAGCUGUUUUUAACAUCUUGUACCUCUGUAAAUCUUGGGAUUUACUCAAGCCAGAUGACAUCUCCCCCUUGUGCAUGGAUGACGCCAUUUUGUCUAUGUAAGCAAUGGCACUCACCUCCGAACUUCGGAAAUAGAAGGAAUGAUAAUAAUAGUUAAUUUGAGACAAAACAUAUGCUGUGCAGAAGCAGUAAUCAUAGGACCACAGAAUUGUAGAGGUGGAGGGGACGACCCCCUGCAAUGCAGGGAUCUUUUGCCCAGUGUGGGGCAAAACCCCACAACCCUGAGCUUAAGAGUCUCAUGUUCUACUGACUGAGCUAUCCCAGUGUACCCAGUAUUUUGUUAAAGGACUUACGCUAACAUGGUUGUGUGUUGAUCCUUUAGGCAAGCUGCUGUCUUUCUCCAACAAGGCCCAGACCGGAUAGGAAGCACAUACAAAAAAGCUGUGUACAUGCAGUUCACAGACAACUCAUACAGCCAUAUUAUUGCAAAACCACCGUGGCUGGGCUUCCUGGGUCCCAUUCUUAAAGCAGAAGUUGGAGACACACUCAUCAUCCAUGUAAAGAAUUUUGCGACAAGGGCCUACACACUCCACCCCCAUGGUGUCAAAUACACAAAAGAAAACGAAGGUAAACUUCCAUUCGUGUUUCAACAGUCUUCAGGAAUACCAACUGAUUCCAUACCUUUCCUGUUUUGUAACAGAAUUGCAUCAUUAUGCCUGUAGACACCCACCCACUGCUGUGAGGAACACCUUGAAUUACAGUCAGGGUAGCCAACUGACUGGGUAAAUCAACUGGACAAAUCUAGUAUAGUUGGCAAGACUGAGGGGGCAGCUGCACCUCUGACAUUUUUGUGCUGAUAUUAAUGUCUGACUCGAUCCAACUCCCCACAGGCAUACAACCCUAUGGGUGUAGGAUAGGAUGCGGGUAGCGCUGUGGUCUAAACCACUGAGCCUCUUGGGCUUGCCGAUGAGAAGGUCAGCGGUUCAAAUCCCCGUGAUGGGGUGAGCUCCCGUUACUCUGUCCCAGCUCCUGUCAACCCAGCAGUUCGAAAGCAUGCCAAUGCAAGUAGAUAAAUAGGUAUUGCUGUGGCAGGAAGGUAAACGGUGUUUCCGUUCGCUCUGGUUUCCAUCACAGUCCUCUGUGCACCAGUAGUGGUUUAGUCAUGCUGGACACAUGACCAGGAAAGCUGUCUGUGGACAAAAGCCGGCUCCCUCGGCCUGAAAGCAAGAAGAGCGCCACAACCCUAUAGUUGUCUUUGACUGGACUUAACUGUCCAGGGGUCCUUUACCUUUUACCUUACCUAUGGGUGUAGGGUUCUUUUUCUGCAACUAGGAAAUCUGCCCCCCCAAACACCUUCAAUUUUGAGAUGCGGGAGAAAUUCGUUUGCUUCACAUUUUAAUCCCAACCUGCUCAGCCACACUUAACUUUGCUCUGUGCUUUCUAGGCAAAAUUCUGAGUUUCCCAAGUCUGUGUCUGAGCAGUUCUUUUUUCCUCCAGAGCUUUCCCCAGGGAAACCCGGAUUAUACCCCUGGAUCAGAGCGAAUGCCAAUCUGCAGAAAACCCAAUUGCUGUUUGUUCCGAUUCAUCAGUAAAAUGUUUGUUUUCCCAGGGAAAGCAAUGGGACAAAAAACCCCCACCACUCAAAUCUGUCUUCUUCUUUGGUGAUCACUCGUAGCCGAGUAAGAUUGUCUUCCAUAAACAUGGUUUUAACAAUGAGUCCGUAAGUGACUGUGGAGGCCAAUUCUGGAUCCACACGUCCUUCCACAGUGGGGACAUUGGUUUCCGGGCGGGAGUUGAUCACAGUAAGGAUUUGCCAAGUGUGCCUUCCUCCUAGCACGUUUCUCCCUUGCGUCCUGAGUUUAAGUGUCUUCAAAGUCCAUGACACCUUUGGUAAAGGCUGUUCUCCAACUGGAGCGCUCGCAGGCCAGUGUUUCCCAGUUGUCAGUGUUUAAACUACAUUUUUAAAGAUUUGCCUUGAGACAGUCUUUAAUCCCUUUUUGUUGACCAACGGCAUUUCGCUUUCCAUUUUUAAGUUCGGAAUAGAGUAAUUGUGCCAAAUCUGAACCUGUGUCUAGAAACAUGGCACAAAAGGAAAUGUGAAUGAGUCCUAAACUGCAUUUCCCUAGCUAAUGGAUUGUGCCCAAUGAUAGUCAUACUCAGAGGAGACCCACCAAAAUUAAUGGACAUGACUACCUUAGGUCCAAUACUUGCAAUUGGUUGAACUUAAUUGGCUACAAAUAAGUAUGUGAACUGAGGGGCAGCUGUCUCCCAGUACAUUUCUGAGCACAAUUGAAAAUGUUGAUGCUGACCUUGAAAGCCCUAAAUGGCCUUGGCCCAGCAUACCUGAAGGAGCGUCUCCAUCCCCACCAUUCAGCCCUGACACUGAGGUCCAGCGCCAAGGGCCUUCUGGCGGUUCCCUCACUGUGAGAAGUGAGGUUACAGGGAACCAGGCAGAAGGCCUUCUCAGUAGUGGUGCCCGCUCUGUGGAAUGCCCUCCCAUCAGAUGUCAAAGAAAUAAACAACUAUCUGACUUUUAGAAGACAUCUGAAGGCAGCCCUGUUUAGGGAAGUUUUUAAUGUUUGAUGUUUUAUCAUGUAUUUAAUAUUCUGCUGGAAGCUGCCCAGAGUGGCUGGAGAAACCCAGCCAGAUGGGCGGGGUAUAAAUAACAAAUUCUUAUUAUAUUAUUAUUAUUUUGCAAUACAAUUCUGCAACCAAGAAAUGUACGCAAACAGGCAUAUAUUAGGGGCAAGUGGACUCAAACUGCAUAUGUUAGUGAAGUGGCUUUAAAGGUCUGCACCAACACUUUGAAUUGUGCUCGGAAACGUACUGGGAGCCAAUGUAGGUCUUUUAGGACCAGUGUUAUAUGGUCUCCAGCGGCCACUCCGAGUCACCAGUCAAGCUGCCACAUUCUGGAUUAAUUGUACCUUCAAAGGUAGCCCCACAUAGAGUGCAUUGCAGUAGUCCAAGCAGGAGAUAACCAGAGCAUGCACCACUCUGGCGAGACAGUCUGCGGGCAGGUAGGGUCUCAGCCGGCUUACCCGAUGGAGCUGGUAGACAGCUGCCCCGGACACAGAGGCACUUGUACCAGUACUGUGAUAUAUAAUACCACGUUCACUAUUGGUUGCAUUUCCUAGGUGCAUUUUAUCCUGACAACACCUCAGGUUUGCAAAAGAAAGAUGAUGCCGUGCAACCAGGAGAACAGUAUGUGUAUAGAUGGGAGGUAACUGAAGAUCAUGGUCCAGCAGCAGGAGAUAAUAACUGUGUGACCAGAAUUUAUCACUCACAUAUAGAUGCCCCAAAGGAUGUUGCUUCUGGGCUUGUUGGACCUCUGCUCAUUUGCAAGAAAGGUAAGGGAAAUAUGAAAAAUGACCGAGUACUGUUUCCCUCCCCCCCCCCCCCCAGAAACGAGAGUCAGAGAAUCUUAUCUGUUUGCAGUUCAUGAGUUGUGUUUUUGAGAAUUUAUCUGAAGUUUAUCUGUGUGAGUCACAUGUGCUCCUCAUUUCUCUGAGAGGUGAGUAGUUUCAAGGAGCAAAUACAACACAGGUUUGGGUUUCCUUUGAAGGAGAGAGCACUGGAAGGUCAUGACUUUAUUUAUGAAUAUACAAGCAGAGAGUAGAUGGAAGCAAACAGGAUGUGUGUUCCUGCCAAACAGAAACCACUGCUUCACAUGAGAUCUGCAGACUGAGUCACCCUGCAUCCUCUGAUGUUUCUAUAGCCAUCAACCAAUUCUGUUUCUUCCUGCUUCUCUUUCUCUCUGUCCCCAAACUGCUUCUUCUUAUGGCUCUUCAAACACACGAACACCUUACACAAGCCUCUUUCUCACAAUUGCAGUGUGUGUGUGUGUUUGUCAUCUUCCAUUCUCUGAUAUUCCAUAUCAUUCUCUGUCAUUCCAUAUCUGUUUUGUGUGUUUGUGUGUGGUUUCUAAACAUUUCAUCAGCUGUUGCACCCAACAUAACUGUCCUGGAAAGCAAUAGACUGACCACUGUUAUUCAUACUGUAGGAACCUCCAGAUGACUCAGCUGCUAUGCACUGCAUGAGGAGUUGCCUUUAGAGAUUAUUUGAACUAUUAGGAAACUUUAAUUGGUUAAAACAACAACAACAACACUCCUAGAUAGUUGACCAGCAAACGCAUUAGGGUUGUGUCAGGGAACUGCCAUCGGAGCUAGAGGCGGAGGGAAGGCUCCAGAGGGAUGCCGGAGAGGGUCCCAGUAGGGAGAGAGGCAGCCCGUCCGCUGGGGAAGGAAAUCAGCGUAACACCAGUGGAGGAGGGGGGCAGAUGGGGGAAUCGGAGAGGAGGCUCCAAGACUCCUCGCCGGAGACCAGCGGAGAGAGUACGGGCCCUCCGCUGCCCACACCCUCCCUGCGCAGAAGGCUUCCGCGCAGGGAGACUAGGCAGAGACUAGGCGUCAAAGAACUUUUGUGCUGGAAGAAGUUCAAGAAACGCCCACUGACGGAUUCUGCCAGCGACUGAGACAGCCACGAAGCUAGAGGCUGUCCGGUCAGAAAGGGUUCAACCAGGUAACCUAGCCAGGAGUGGCGGCAACUUACGCACAAGCAACCCCUAAACCCAUUACAGGUUGCCAUGUGUCCUCUUUUUCAGCAAUAAAAUUUGGGACACAUUGCAUUUAUUUGCUUUGAAUGGUCGUCAUAGUGUCCUCUUUUUUGCUCUCCAAAAUAUGGCAACCCUAAAACACAUCCCACCAGUUUUUAAACAACUGACUUCUGGUCUGCUCUGUACUGUCUGCUGGUCUGUUUCUGAUCACAGUUCAAAGGUUUUGGUUUAAUCCUUUCAAGACCUUUCAAGCUUAGGAUCUGGGAAUCUAAAGGAGCAUCACUCCCAUGUGAACUUGCCCAAAUGUUGAGAUUGUCUUUGGAGACCUUUAGAUAAAGAGAGUGGGUGACCACUGGGGGAAAUUCCUUUUCAAUAGCAACAUCACAUCCAACAACAGAAGGCUGCAUCUCAGAACUGGAAAAGAGCCUUAUUUGAUCAGAAAAGCCCAUCUAGUUCCACCACCAUUCCAGUUCAUUUGAUGGCCUCAAGUUCUAGUUUUGUGAUUUUAGAUUUGUUUGAUGUUGCUGAUCCAUUCAGGGUGUGUUGCUGUUUUAGCCAUGAUCUUUAACAUGGUUGUGUGUGUGUGUGUGUGUGUGUGUGUGUGUGUGUGUGUUAGCUGCCUUGAACAUUUUUAUUUCACAUUGAAGGGUUUGCUAUAAAGUAUUUCAAAUAAAUAACCUCAAAUGUCUCUCUUGGCAUUUUCCCGCCUGAGUGAAUGCCCACUAUUCAUGCACAUGGCGAAAAACAAAAGAGCUGCAUUUUCAGACACUGUAGCAGAAAAUGGGUUGGCCUCUCUAUCAUACACCACUGGUGGGCAUUUUUCUGGUAACAAAUAGCUGGGAGACAAGAAUUUCAGCAGGUAAAUGUGCAAAAUGUGUCCUUUGUUUUCCUUAGGUACACUGCAGGGUGGAAAAGAUAAGGAUGUCGACCGAGAAUUCAUCCUGAUGUUUGCUGUGGUAGACGAAAACUUCAGCUGGUACUUAAAUGAUAAUAUCAAGAAAUACUGCUCUGAACCUGACAAAGUUGACAGGAAUGAGGACUUCCAAGAGAGCAAUAAAAUGCACUGUAAGAUUACCUUUCAGAACAAAUUGUUUCAUUCUUUUAAGAAACUUCUUUGCAACAAGUACCGUAUUUUCUGCUCUAUAAGACGCAACAGACCACAAGACGCACCUAGUUUUGGGAGGAGGAAAACAAGAAAAAAAAUAUUCUGAAUCUCAGAAGCCAGAACAGCAAGAGGGAUCGCUACGCAGUGAAAGCAGCAAGCCCUCUUGCUGUUCUGGCUUCUGGGAUAGCUGCGCAGCCUGCAUUCGCUCCAUAAGACGCACACACAUUUCCCCUUACUUUUUAGGAGGGAAAAAGUGAGUCUUAUAGAGCAAAAAAUACGGUAUAUGUGCGUAUAACAUUACAAGUAAGUUCCAUAGAUAUUCACAACUUAGGCAAGAUAUUGAAAGUUAUCCACAGCAGCAGGCAGUCAAGAGAUAUGCUCUCCCUGAACAUAGAUGUUUCUGCCAUAGUGAAUCGUUUUUAUAUUGCUCCACACAAAUAUCUAUAUGGUGUAUGAGUUACUCUAGAUUGUACGUUUUUUUUAAAAAAAUAAAAUAUGGCACCUGUUUAGAAGCUAAGUAGCUGAUCCAUAGCUGAAUGGCAGACUGCUUAAAUGCCCCAAGUUAGUCACUCUGAAGAUUCUAAUAACAAGUACAAGAUAUAGAGUGGGCAUCAAAGUUCAGUGGGUCUCUUGCAAGUUUCCACUAACAGACCCAGACCAGCAAUGGCAGAUUGGUGAUGGGCCCUUAUAAAUCUCUGAACUAUUGGCAGGUGUGCAACAACACUAACUUCUGAUGUCAUGGCUGGGGUCAAGAUAUUAGGUAUAAUAAUCAAUUAAGUGAAAUCUACGACAUCCAUGUUCUAGAUCUAAAGUGGGUUCUGCAAAAAGAAAGCCUGUUUCAGAGGUAGAGUUUUGUUGAUUCCACCUCAUCAUGAUUGAUGGCGAUAGGUUUUUUUUGGGCUCAAUCCAAGAUGCUGGUGUUAAUCUUUAAAGCCAUGAAUGGUUUGAGACCUGGAUACUUUUGGAAUGGCCUAUUUGUUCCAAAGCCAUCAGUCUCAGGAGGUGAGGAUGGUGUUAACCAGGGGUAGGGCCUUCCUAAGUGAGGUCCCCAUCACCAUGUUUCUUCAGGCAGUUAUUGAAGACUUGGCUUUUUAAAAAGGCCUUUGGUUAAUUAACUUUCACUGGUUCAAUUCAGUUUGUGCUGCUGCAAUCCGUAAAUAGAUAUUGCUAACAUAUUAAUUUGAAUGUACUCUGUUUUUGGGGGGAGGGCACCAUGGUAGUUUGAAAUAAUCUUUUAACUUUUUCUUUUAAAGCAAUCAAUGGAUAUAUGUAUGGGUAUCUUCCCAAUGUCACAAUGUGUGCGGAAGAAAAUGUGAAGUGGUAUCUUUUUGGAAUGGGUAAUGAAGCCGAUAUCCAUUCAGCCUAUUUCCAUGGGCAAGUCUUGACAGAAAGGAACCAUCGAAUUGACACGAUCAGCCUCUUCCCGGCUACCUUCGUGGAUGCUCUCAUGGUGCCAAAGAACGAUGGGCAGUGGCUGCUUAGCUGUCAAGUCAAUGAUCAUAUAGAAGGUACAAACCAAGGGUUUAUUUUUGCAUAGCAAAGAAUUAUAAAUAUUUUCAAGGUUCCGAAAGGUGUGUUCUAUUGAAGCCUAGAGUUCACAGCAUAGGGUUCACUCCUUAAGAAAGUAAUAAGAUUGAGACAGGCAAAAGGACAGAGACUUUAGAUCAGGGUUGGAGAACCUCUGGCCUUCCAGAUGUUGCUGCACUACAGGUUCCCAUUAUCCCUGGGCAUUAGCCAUGCUUGCUAGAGCUGGUGUGCAUUGUAGUUCAGCAACAUCUGGAAGCCCAAAGUUUUCCCACACCUGUAAAUCUGGGGUGGCUCCCUUUUUUGUCAAAUGGGCCAGCUUCAUCCUUGACCAACCCACUGGGGCCCACAUGCAAGCAGUGGGUGUGGUUGGGGAUCAGGAAGGAAUUCAUCAAACUCAAAUUGCAAAUAAUCAGAUCUGGGCAGACCAUGAGCUGGGUUGGAUCAGGGGUCUACAGAAUCCACAGCCCCGCAGAGUCCUUUACAAGGUUGCUGCCUCUGUUCCUGUAAAAGGUGUUUCUGGCUUUUAAUCCUCUUGGGGAAAAAACAGGCAAUACAGCUGCCCAGAGCCUGGAACAGCUGGCAGGUGAAGCUCCACAAAUGGGGCUCUUUGUCACUGCAUUCUUUAAAUUCAAUAUAGGAAGUCCCCUUGAGAGUGAUGGGCCUUGAUGAUAUUUCAUUGCUUUCAGGGGGAAUUGAACAGGAGAAAACAAGUCUGCGCUAGGGAGCAAUUCAUUUCACUUUCUCUAACAAAUUUGCUUAACUGAGCUGCUCAGAUAUACUGAAUAAAAUUAUAAGGUUCUGAUAACUCAUGAAAGACACCCUUCUCCAAUCUUGUGGCUCCCAGAUGUUUUUGAUUACGUCUCCCAUUAGUCUAAGCCAGCACAGCUGCUUCCUGGGGAUGUUGGGAGUUGUAGUCGAAAAAAUCUGGAGACCACCAGGUUGUAGAAAGCUGCAGCAGAUUCUUGCUGAUCAACACAAGCAAGUGAAUGCUCAUAGCUUUUACUGUGCUUCAUGUUAGGAUGAUUCUUCACGAGGAAAUAUGGACCUGGGGCUUAUUGAAGCAAACCUUUAACUUUAAAGAGUCUUCAAUCUGUUUGCAGAGAUUCCCAGAAUUUGAAGUAUCCUAACGCCAUGUGUUCUGUCUUUCUUUUCUUCAGGCGGCAUGCAGGCCAUUUUUGAAGUGAAAAACUGUAAUAGCCAUAUCCCCUCUCCCAAGAAGAGCACCAUAGCAAGGCACUAUUACAUUGCAGCAGAGGAACAUGUGUGGAACUAUGGCCCAUCUGGAAUAAAUAACUUCACGGGGGAACCAUUAAUUCUGGAUGAGUAAGUAUUGCCUUUUAAGCUAUCAAGCAAACAGCAGCCAGAUGAUUGCAUGAAAAAAAUGUGUGCUUCCAAUGCACUCACCAACAGAGCUGUUCAGUCUUCAUAAGCAGCUGUCUGGGAGGGGUGUGUGGAGCAAUCCAAUCCAGCAGUGCCUUUCCUUUGUUUGUAUGUUCAGAUUUUUUUUAGCAGGGAGGGAAGUAUAGAGUCAAGUCUGCACAAGAAGAUGUGGCCCUGGUCUGGUACCAGCCCCUGGCAUCCUAGGGCAGCUGCUGGGGACGCAGUGCCCCCAAAGGACCCACCAGGGCUUAUACUUACCUUGGGUUCUCAACAUUGAGCAGCUAGGCUUGUGAGCUUCAAUUACCUACAAGGCAUGACACUACAUUAGGCACUCUGUGGUAUUGUGGGAAAUUAAAAUGGCAGCUCCCAGCCAUUCUUGGGUUCCUGUUGCUGCAGCUAUGGGGAGGCCCAUUAAUGUAAGAGGGGUCCCUGUCCUGGCCCUACCCUUUGCCUUGUGCAUAUCAGUUGCCUCAGGGACACGGGUGACGCUAUGGCCUAAACCACUGAACCUCUUGAGCUUGCCGAUCAGAAGGUCAGUGGUUUGAAUCCCCAUGAUGGGGUGAGCUUCCCUUGCUCUGUCACAGCUUCUGCCAACCUAGCAGUUCAAAAGCACACCAGUGCAAGUACAUAAAUAGGUGGGAAGGUAAACAGCGUUUCCGUGCACCCUGGUUUCUGUCACAGUGUUUCAUUGUGCCAGAAAUGGUAUAGUCAUGCUGGCCACAUGACCCGGAAAGCUGUCUGGACAAACGCUGGCUCCCUAGGCCUGAAAGCGAGAUGAGCGCCGCAACCCCAUAGUUGCCUUUGACCGGACUUAACUGUCCAAAGGUUCUUUACCUUUAAAUUUACCUAUCAGUUGCCUCAGUGGUGGAUGGGAACGUCAUACCCCUCAAGUGCCCCAAUUACAUCGGGACACCCCGUUUUUUGAGCUCUGUGCUUUCUUGCGGGUUACGUGACCCAGAAGAUACACAUCCUGGCUUUAGGCCUGGACUUGUUGGAGGGUGUGGAAUGUGAGAGUCUGGUCGGCUCUUCUCCUUCUUUGCUGCCACAGUUGAGGCCACUGACUGAAAAGGUGAUGCGAUUUGGAAAAAGGAAGGUUAAUGUGAUAGAACUGAUUCCUAGAGAGGAGAGACAGGGAAGGGAAUGUCACCAGCAAUCUAGGAAAUAGAGCAAUUGAUGCAGGUCAUGACUAGCUGGUACAGCAGCACAAGAGGACAGCUAUACCUGGGGAAAUUGUGCAGCUAUUCCAUUGAUUUUUUUAAAAAAGUUGUUCAGAAUGUCGUGUAAAGAGUCAGUGAAUGGAAGUGUGGCUAGUCCAUAGCAAAUUCCCAGUGUGGAAGCAAAUGUUGUUACCUUUUGCUCCUUUAAAAUCCCUUCAUUGUAGUUCUUCCAUGCUGCCAGUAAGACUGACCAUUUGGGCCUCCAGGUGGAGUCCUACCAUCCAAAUCACUUUGAUUCCAAGUUACGCCACUCAAAGCCAAACAACAGAAAUUAGAAUGAGAUGAGGACUGAACAAUUUUAGUAUGAUGCAGAAUGUCUGUCUCUUUGCCGUUAACUGAAUGCAGCUCUUGAAAAUGAUUUGUGUUGCUGCACAGGGAGUCCAAGAUAUUUUUUGAAAAAAGCGAACAAAGGAUUGGUGGAUCUUACAAAAAAGCUAUUUUCGUUGAGUAUACCAGCAGUGAAUUUUCACAGCGCCGGAAGAGGCUCCCUAGUGAAGAACAUCUUGGGCUUUUAGGUAAGACUGUUUUUAGCCUCUGGCAAUCAAAAGCAGAGGAGAUUUUCAGUUUCCUAGGCUGAGUCUUUCAAGGCUGAAGACAACACACCUUUUGAGAGGUAAAGGCAGUGGUGUCACUAGUUUGGUGUCUGAUUACUGCAAAGGGGUCUGGCAAUGUGGUUUAACCCAAAGUGACUGUGGAUGGGAGCCUGAGACUUGACACGAAAGAAACCAAAACAGUCCUUUAAUACAGGAGUGGGGAACAUCAUGCCCAGAGUCAAAAUGUUACUGUCGUGGCCCCCACUAGCAGACCCUGUGCUCGGGCUCUUGAGUCAGUUGUUAGCAUUAAAAGUUUUAUUCCAAAAUUCUCUACAGCACCCAAACAUAAGUAGGGUUACUGGUUACAAAGUCAGGAAGCAUGGCAGAUAGGCAGAAAAAAGACAUUGACACAACAUUUGACACACUCUUGCGGGUGGCGCUGUGGGUUAAACCACUGAGCCUAGGACUUGCCGAUCAGAAGGUCAGCGGUUCGAAUCCCCACGACUGGGUAAGCUCCCGUUGCUCGGUCCCUGCUUCUGCCCACCUAGCAGUUUGAAAGCACGUCAAAGUGCAAGUAGAUAAAUAGGUACCGCUCUGGCGGGAAGGUAAACGGCGUUUCCGUGCGCUGCUCUGGUUCGCCAGAAGCGGCUUAGCCAUGCUGGCCACAUGACCCGGAAGCUGUACGCCGGCUCUCUUGGCCAAUAAAGCAAGAUGAGUGCCGCAACCCCAGAGUCAGCCACGACUGGACCUAAUGGUCAAGGGUCCCUUUACCUUUACCUGAGCAUUCCCUUCGAAGAGCAGGGUGGGCACCUUCAUUCAUGUGGUUGAGGUAUGAAGACUCAAAACUGGGGACUCAGCUACAUUAGUAAAGAAAUUGAAUGUAUUUCAAACAUGUAACACUAGAUGGUGCCAGAGAGCAAGAAUUGUUAAAACGACAUUUCCCACAGGAUUUUUUUAUCCUUUUUAAAAAACGAUCUAAGUUCUCACUUAUCUAUAGUGUUUUUCCACCCCGGGAAAGCAAGUAGGCUGGGCAUGUGGAGUCUGUUCACACCAGUACAGUCACUUCUGCAUUUUUGGUGAUGGCGGUAGAGACGAUAGGGCUGACUCACGGUCAGGUUUAUCCCUCCGCGCCUCCCCUGAGGACAGUAGAUCUAUGUUGUCAGAGAGCGCUGCCAGGGGCAGCACAUUGACUGGCUGGGAUACCCCAUCCAAUGACAUUGAGGCAGGACAUUUUCCUGACAACCCAUUUGGCCCUUCUCCCGGGUCUAGGUCACCACCUCCCGAUCUGCUGGACCUCUCCCUGGGGCCAAAGUCCUCCACCCGGUCCUGUUGAUCACCUCCCACUCCACUGGGCUCCUCCCAUGGGUCAGAUUCCUGCAGUUCCUUGACCUCUUCCUUCCCGUCUGACCACUCCCACCAAGAUGUUUCCAUGGGGGGUCAUGAGAGCAGCUUGCCAGCUGACGCUUGGGACCCUUCCUAAGCCACAUCUCCAUACAAGCUUUGUACCACACCUUAUUCAAGUGCUUUUGUUGAGAGGCAAGUGUGAGCUGCAACCGUGAUUAAGAUAUAAUAGUUUUAAUUUGUGUUGUUGGGUUUGUGUGAUUUUUAACUAGGACCUGUCAUGAGGGCAGAAGUUGGUGAGACCGUCCAGGUGACAUUUCUUAACAGGGCAACGCACCCUUUCAGCAUUCAGCCGCAUGGGCUGAGCUACAAGAAAGACAAUGAGGGUGCCUUCUACAACACCAUCUCUGGAGGUGAAUAUUUAUCUUAAGGGAAUGAUGUAAAUCUUGCGUUACAUCCAUUGGACGAGGUAAACCAACUUUCUUAACAUGCUUCCCAUGAUACAACUACUUAGGGGCAUUUCUUUCUUGAUGAUGAACCUAAUGUAGGACCUGCAAGCCCAUCCUCGCAUGUGAAUCCUGGAGAAAAAUUCACUUAUGAGUGGGAGGUUCCUGAAACCGUGGGUCCUACUCCGGACGAUCCAGAUUGCCUUACUUGGAUUUAUUAUUCAGCAUCGGAUUCAAUCAAGGACAGCAGCUCUGGCCUAGUGGGCCCAUUCUUGGUGUGCAGGAAAGGAUCACUGCUUCCUUCAGGGAAACAGGUAAUGCAGGAAUAAUUGAAAUCCUCCUCUUUGUAUCACCUACCUUUUUGGUGCCAGCCGCACAUUUGGGAUUUUGAGAAACUCUGGUGAGUGUUGGUCACAAAAUGGCUGCUUCAGGGGCAUAGCAUAAUGGCUGCCACAUCUUAAAGACAAAAUGGUGUGGGCAUACCUCUCCCCACCCCAACGGCACCUACAUCAGCCACCACCACCCACCCUCACAGAUAGAAGUGCUUCUGUUCUGAACAGAGGAGCAGAAGAGAGGAUAGGUGUCAAAUUCUGGCAUCGAAUGAGGUGUGGUCAUUUUUAAGGGGAUGUGUUCAAUGUAGUAGAGACUGAAAAAAGGAGGUGAGCAAGGAUUUAUUGAUUUUUGAGAAGAUACUGAGAUUUUUCUUGGCUGCCAUACUGGGGGCACACUGGUUCCUGUGGGCACCACAUUGACUCAUUGCCUUUGCCAUAGCUGUCAACUUUUCCCUUUUCUUGCGAGGAAUCCUAUUCGGAAUAAGGGAAUUUCCCUUGAAAAAAGGGAAACGUUGACAGCUAUGGCCUUUGCCCACUGCUAUCCUCCAGGAAACCUUUUUUUUUUAGUGCUAAGUUGGAGCAAACAUCAGGGGUGCCAACUUAGAUAAAAUAUUGGGGGCUCCCAGAUAAGCCCCCUCCCCAAUAGAUCACAAGAUGUGACACACGCACACCAUUUGAAUGACAAUGCCCAUCAACUUAGGGGCGUCUGCCUCCUCAAAUAUUUUAUUGGGGCAGCCAAAGGGACUUCAGCUCCUAGGAGUUGGCUCCUUUACAUAGAAGACUCGAUUGAUGUUUGCUCCAGUUCAGCGGUAAAUAGUGAGUUUUCCUGAGGGAAGGCGGCAAGCAGAGGUGUGGAUGAGCCCUGACUUUCCAAUCUCCAGCAGCAUAGGAAGUCAUUUGCUGGGUGAUUUGAAAAAAAGCACCCCAGAACCUGAAAGGCGUUUGUAAGGAUGUUGGAUAAGGAGCUGCACAUUGUUUUACAGAUACAGUGGUACCUCGGGUUACAUACGCUUCAGGUUACUUACUCCGCUAACCCAGAAAUAGUACCUUGGUUAAGAACUUUGCUUCAGGAUGAGAACAGAAAUCGUGCUCUGGUGGCACGGUGGCAGCAGGAGGCCCCAUUAGCUAAAGUGGUGCUUCAGGUUAAGAACAGUUUCAGGUUAAGAACAGACCUCUGGAAUGAAUUAAGUUCUUAACCCGAGGUACCACUGUAGCUAGCCCCAGCCAGUUUAAUAGUGUUUUCCCACAUGUGUCCCCACCCCCACACUUUUACACUUGCUCUUUUCCACAGAAAAAUGUAGACAAGGAGUUUUUCCUCCUCGCCACAGUAUUCGAUGAGAAUCUGAGCUGGUAUCUGGAUGACAAUAUUGCGCUAUCUGGAGGAAAUCCUACGCAGAUUAAUAAGGAGGAUGAAGAUUUCCAGGAAUCCAACAAGAUGCAUUGUAAGUUUAUUGUUUUGUUUUGUUUUUUGAAAUGAUGAUGCCAAAUUCUUUACCCCAUCUCCCCCACCCCAAUCACCUCCCCAAACAAACACUUAUUCAGAGAAGGUCUCUGGGGAAGGUCUUUCACCCUGGCUCAGAUGGGCAGGGGCGGCCUGUCCCACUUUGCCGCCUGAGGCAAAAUGGUAAAGUGCUGUCUUCCCCAGCUGCUGCCACUGCCCACCUCGCUAACUGGGGUUAUACAGCUUCCAGGUUCUGGCAGCGCCCCCUCCCCCCAUGAGAUGUGGCAAUGGCUUCCAGUUUCUGGCAAGAUCCCGCCAGAACCCAGAAGCUAAUGUUGCAGCCCCUUCUCUUUGCUUCUCCAGCAGUGGUGGCUGGGGCUAGUCUCCACUGAAGUUCUGCCACCCAAGGCAGCUGCGGCCCAGCCCUACAUCUGGGGAUCAGCCCAUAGAGCGUAAGCAAUUGGAACUUACAUAGGUUCAAGUCCCCAAAAUGGGCAUUCUGGGAACAUGCCCAGAACAAGGAGAGACAAUCUGGGAGCAUGCCCAGAACAAGGAGAGACCGAUGCCUAUUCAAAACUUCCUUAUGCUCAGUCACAUGAUACAGCCACCAGGAACUUAACCAGCAAAAGUGUGGGGUCAAAUUCCUCCUGAAAGGACCUUAGUUAGAAUUUCUAUAGUUAGAAUUGCUCUGUGUUUCUCAGCGAGUAAUGGGGAAUGAGAUUGCAGUCUAUCAUUCUCUCAUUCCUUGGGCAAUAGGAGAAAUAGUUUCGGAGACUUGGGUGCUUUCAAUCAAGAAGCCACUGUUCCAUGAAAUAAUUAUUCAUUCAGCACAUAAACUAUGGCACACACUCCCACAGGAAGCAGUGAUGGUCACCAGCUUGGAUGGCUUUAACAGAGAAUUAGGCAAAUUCACAGAGGAGAGAGCUAUCAGUGAAUACUAGCCAUGAUGGCUGCAGUCAGAGGAAGCCACACUUCUGAAUAUUAGUUGCUGGAAACCCCAGGAAGGAAGAAUGCUAUUGUGGUUGGAUCCUGCUUAUGGGUUUCUUGUGGCCACUGUGGAACAUGAUGCUGGACCAGAUGGGCAAUUGACCUGAUCCAACUGGCUUUCCUUACUUUGUUAGAUUCAUUUAUUCCAGUGAGUUUGAGUAGGACUUAGCUGAAUCCAAUCCUAAGAUUCUGCAGUUCACUCCUGUGUGACUUGGAGCAGAAUCCAGAUAAGACAGCAAAUAUGUGUAUAGAUGCAUGUUUAAUUAGAUGUAAGCCCUAUUAGCAGGGUGAAAUUUAUGUCUGAAUAAAGAUACAUAGGAUUGGACUACAUGUGUUAUUAAAUAUUUCAAAUAGAUGGAAGAUGAUGGCUUGUUUAAUUUGCAAAAACUGUAAGCACAUAAUAUGCAUCUUUCCUUUUUGCUAUUGAACUAUAUUAUGUUAGUUGUGGGAUUUUGAACCUGAAUGUGUUUAAACAUCAAUUUGCACCUUUCUUUUGCAGCCUUAAAUGGAUACAUGUACGGAAGCCAGGAAGGCCUUGAGAUGUGUAGUGGAGACACCGUUUCGUGGCAUUUGAUUGGCUUGGGUUCAGAGGUUGACAUUCAUGGAAUACAUUUUUCAGGAAAUACCUUUUUGACUAAAGGAGGAAGAAAGGAUACAGCUAACCUCUUUCCACAUAGCUCUCUCACAGCUCUUAUGAAGCUUGACUCAGAAGGUGAAUGACGACAAUUGUACUUACUAAUUUUAAACCAUCCAUUUGGUUAUAUGAACUUCUCAGUUUACAGUCUCUGGACCAGCAAAUUAUUUCUGAAAGGGGGAAACUGAGUCGCCAUCUCUCCUUAGUCCUGUACUUAGUUUGAAGAAAACUUAAUUAUGGAACUCUCACCCCAAUGAAAUUUCUGUGGCAGAGUUGAGCAAUUUCCAAAGCGAGGUUAGAUAUCAAUGGAAAAUUAUACCAGUAACUGCUAGUUGAUUAUGCAAAACUCUGCCUCCAUCCGACACUGUUCUGUAGUUGGCUCUACCCCUGCACCACCAUUUUGUGACUGGCGGGCCUUGGUAAUUUUCAGCCUUCUCAAGUCGGCCAUAUGUGUAAAAAGCUUGGAAAACCCCUGCUCUACCUCAAGUCUAGGAGGUGGUCUAGUGUGCACUCCUGCUGGAAAUGCUAAGAAUUAGUGGAGUUGGUUUUUCUCUCUUGUAUCCUUCUCUUGAGAACCUUCAAUUGCAUAAUGAGUAAAUAGUAUUCUGGUCCUUCUCUUUUCUGUUGAGUGUGACCCAUGGGUAAGCAAACUAAGGCCUGGGGGCAGGAUCCGGCCCAAUCGUCUUCUAAAUCCGGCCCAUGGAUGGUCCGGGAAUCAGUGUGUUUUUACAUGAGUGGAAUGUGUCCUUUUAUUUAAAAUGCAUCUCUGGGUUAUUUGUGGGGCAUAGGAAUUCGUUCAUUCCCCCCCCCCCCAAUAUAGUCCGGCCCCCCCACAAGGUCUGAGGGACAGUGGACCGGCCCCCUGCUGAAAAAGUUUGCUGACCCCUUCAGUUGCCCCUUUGCUUGGGACAAAAAGAUAGCUGGUUUAUUUUUAUUUAUUUUUUUAAAUUGUACUUGUCUCUGAAUCCUCAAUGUGUUACAUUGAAAAAUAUUCCACUUGACCUGCUUCUUCAUCUUGACCAAUUUAUAUAUUACACAUCUCUGCAGCUCGGGAUAACACUUCAUUCAUUUGAAGAAGUGAGCUGACUCCCACUUCAGGAAAGCUGAUACCAUAAUAAGUGUUUUAGUCUUUAACACGCCACAAUGCACUUUGUUGUUUUUGCUGCAAGAGACUAUAGUUUGCUAGGGGUGUUAGGGACUGUAGCUCUGAAGGGUUUCCAGGAUCCUUUGCUUUUUCAAAUGCUUGAUGUGCACGUAGCCUAAUGAGGCUCCUCCAUUAUUUUAGUUCCUGCAACGCAGGCCAGGCCAUCAUAUUUCCUAGGUGUGCUUGGUUUGGAUUCAUUUGUUUGCUUCCUCUCUUUGUUUCUCCAGGGGUAUUUGAAGUGGCCUGCAUGACUACAGAUCAUUUCACAGGGGGUAUGAGACAAAACUAUGAAGUGAGGAAGUGUGCUUCAUCACCAGAGGAUAAUGAGGUAUAUACCCAUGAAAAGACCUAUUACAUUGCAGCAGUAGAAAUAGAAUGGGACUAUUCCCCCAGCAGGACCUGGGAGCAGGAGAGGCAUCACUUCCAUGAUGAAAGGUAAGGCCCAGAUCAAACAAUAAAUUCCUAGAAAAGCAUAUCUGAGAUUGCUCACUUUUCCUUUCCAUCCUUUUGUAGCAGACAUGGAUCCCAAGUGGUUGGACUAGGCCCAAGUCAAAAUCCUCACCAGCCUAGUCACCAGCUAUUAGCCUAACCUACCUCACAAAUUUGUUGUGAGAAUAAAAUGUGCAAGGAUGGGGCAGGGGACCACAUAGCUAUCCUUAAGCUCUUCGGAGGAAUGGUGGGAAAAAUAAAACAAUACUUCUCUGGCAUAUUUAAAUGUAAAAUGUAAUGAAUGCAUGACAAACAAUAAUUAGGUGGUGUCUAGUAUCACUAGUGGUGAUACUAGAGCGCAAGGAAAUGCUGUUUACCUUCCCACCGCAGUGGUACCUAUUUAUCUACUUGUGUUCCUGAUUCUACUAUGAAUUAUGCAUUUCAUGUAGCAGAUUUCAUAGGGAGCAUUUUUUCCCUGCUUCCGGCUUCCCUGUGUGGAUUAUUUUAUGAAUGCACAAGGGAUGAGUUUCUUUUUUAUGUAGUUCAAAAAAUAUUUAGGACUGGCACAACUCCAUAUCAUCUCCGAGGACAGGCAAACCCUUUGAUUAACACAAAGCCACAUUCGCAGAGUGUAGUAAAGGGCACUGUUGACUCCAGACCUAGGGUCUUACAAUACCAAAGCGCUUAAGAUGCAACAGGAUUUUAAGUUUACCUUUAUUCCUCUAUUUAAGUUUCCACCCACUGUUUUGCUGAUAAGGUCUGCCAUUCUGUAAAGCAGCCUUCUCCAACUGGAUACAACUCAGAUACAUGACCAGUGGUCAGAAAUGGUUGGAGUUGUAAGAUCUGCUAAACCUGGCAAGGCAUGCAAUGACUCAUGCAACACAACCCUUGCUUUUAAGCACGGGGCUGCAGGCACUUAUCUCUACCAAUCUCUGGUUAAACUCUCAUCACAGGCAGGUGGAUUGUUGCUCCAGAAUAGCUAUGGACUUUUCCAACAUGACUUACUGAGAUAGUGUGGCUGCAAUUUAACAAGUCAGGUAGGCCUGCUGGAGGCCAAGAUCAGGACCUCUCAGGUAGACAGGGCCUUUGGAAAGUCAGAUGUGGAGCACCUCUUCCCUGUGUUUGCUCCCUCCUGAGCUUCAGUCUUGUUUGCAGGCAUAGUGGAAAGUUGUCCCAGCCCACUUUCCAGCAGUGGAUGGGGCCAACCCCCAAAGUAGAUGGGGCAAGACACCUCACACACAGUCACACUGUGUGUGACUUUCCUAACCAUAACAUGGAGAUGUCAACCAGCCAUAAGCAGAAUGGCGUCUCAUUAGUUCCUUCCUUUAACUCAAGAGUGGGGAAUCUUAGGCCCAGUGACCAAAGGUGCCUUUCGAAGCCUGUCUAUCUAGUCCUCAGGAAUUUGCACUCUCCUUUAGCAUUUUUGCCUGCCUGCCUGAAAUUUGUCCUUGAACUCUGAUAAUGCCUUUUGCCUACCUGGUUGGAAGAUGGAAGAUGGAUGGUCUAUGUGUUUGUGCAAAACACAUUUUCACAUUUGCAGUUACAUAAAUGAUACCUGGAGUUUUUGACCAGUGCCUCUUAACUUUAUUGGUUCUCAUAUUCAAAUGUAUCCUUCACUUUUCCCCCCUUCAGCCCAGGGAAUGCAUUCUUAAAUAAAACUGAUAAGUUCAUUGGGUCAAAAUACAAGAAGGUUGUUUAUCGAGAAUAUACUGACAAAUCAUUCAGCACCGCCAAAGAAAGGAAGGAAGAAAAAGAGCACCUGGGAAUUCUAGGUACUGGCUUUAUAAAUUGAAAGAACAGCUAUUGAACGUUAUAUUGGCAUGAACUGAAUUUUGCUGUGUGGGUCUCAAGUAAGGAUGAAAGGAGGCAGCAGCUUCUGUAUGUCACAAUUAGCACUUUUUUUGAUGUGCUACAUCUGCAGGGCUACCGGUUCCUCACCACUGCAUUAAACUGUGGGUUAGAAUUAUGCUUGAACCAGAUCAAUGUCUUGUAGAUAAAGUUUAAGACUUAACACUGGAUUUAAUCCAGAGAAAAUUAAACCCGCUUACAUAUAAUUAAAGUCAAUUGAAUUUAAGUACACUGUUAAGUGCUUAAGAGCCCUAGCAAUUUAAUUUGAGCCUUAAGCGCCUGUAGGUUUCCUUUGCACUGAUUAGUCUUUGCAGUUUUGUUUUCCAAAGCACUUUGGAAUUUCCUUUAAUGCUGUGUCUUAGAGAACAUAUUUGUUUCUAAUCUCUCCAAGGUCCACUACUUGUUGCAAAUGUUGGGGAUAAAAUCACAAUUAUUUUUAAAAACAUGGCCUCCAGACCUUAUUCUAUUCAUGCACAAGGAGUGAAAACUGACUUUGCGGAUGCAGCCGAAACCAGUUCAGGUAAUAGUCUCAUUCAUUAUUUCUCUCACUUUUUAAAAUCUUGUUUUCCUUGCCUCAAGGUCUGUAGAAUGGGGAUAAUAAUAACAAAAGGACAAAAGAAGCAGAGAAUGUGGAGCUGGUGAAAAUUCACAAGGGCUUAAUUCCUCCUGUUCAGUUUUUUGCAAAAACGUUUGGAAGAUGAUACGAUUUAGUGUUGGUGAAUCUGAAGGGGAAGGGCGUGCAACCACCAAGAAUGCCUAUCUUGUGUCUCUUAUCAUAGGACACAAUCCUAACCCUAGGCCACCAGUGGUAGGGAUUGACCUUUACCCUAAGCCACCAGUACAGGCAGUUCUGCGUCCACAGCCCAACUGCUCACACCAGCCAGGGCAGAAGGUGGAGAGCAGAAAAAAUAUCCCUGUGCUACACCAGUUUUCAGGCUACUGCACUACAUAGGCCUAGAGGCGCAUUCUUGUCACAUGGUGGGAACAGAGUCAGCACAGGAUCCAGUCCUGCCCAUGAAAUGCUGCUUUUCGGGGCUUUCUGCCUGUCACCUGCCAGCAGGGAUGCCAUCAGUAGUAGCUUCCACCCACUUGCGAUUUGGAUGGGUGCAUUGGGGUGCUCCUCGCUGUCAGGGCUUCCCUGCCAAUGUGGGCAGAGGGGCAGCUUCACUAGAUGCCCAUGCGUUUUAGUGUUAUGAGAGAGUGAGAAAAAAGUUUCCUCUAUUCCCCUUUCUCCACCCCCAUUGUUCUGCCCGGACACUGAGGUCCAGCGCGGAGGGCCUUUUGGCGGUUCCCUCACUGUGAGAAGCCAAGUUACAGGGAACCAGGCAGAGGGCCUUCUCGGUAGUGGCACCCACCCUGUGGAACGCCCUUCCACCAGAUGUCAAAGAGAAGAACAACUACCAGACUUUUAGAAGACAUCUGAAGGCAGCCCUGUUUAGGGAAGCUUUUAAUGUUUAACAGACUAUUGUAUUUAAUAUUUUGUUGGAAGCUGCCCAGAGUGGCUGGGGAAACCCAGCCAGAUGGGCAGGGUAUAAAUAAUAAAUUAUUAUUAUUAUUACUCCAUGCUAUGCAUGAUUUUAUCAAUUUUAAAUAUCUGUUUCAUGCAGGUGCAGUCAGAGAGUAUGUCUGGAAAAUACCAAAGAGAUCUGGUCCUGCUGAAGGGGAUUCCGACUGUAUCCCUUGGGCAUAUUACUCAGCUGUGGAUAAAGUUAAGGUGUGUUUUUAAUGGCAGUUACCAAAUCCGUUCCCUUACCUGGGCACAGAACACUUCUUCACCAGACCCCCUACAUUGGCUUCAUUCCUUACUAAACGAGUCAUCUGACUUUGUUGAAAUCUUGAUGGAGACAAUGGGAUUGGCCCCAUGUAAUCUGGGUGUAGUGUGGUGUAGUGGUUAAGAGCGGUAGACUCGUAAUCUGGUGAACCGGGUUCGUGUCUCCGCUCCUCCACAUGCAGCUGCUGGGUGACCUUGGGCUAGUCAAACUUCUCUGACGUCUCUCAGCCUCACUCACCCCACAGAGUGUUUGUUGUGGGGGAGGAGGGGACAGGAGAUUGUUAGCCGCUUUGAGACUCCUUCGGGUAGUGAUAAAGCAGGAUAUCAAAUCCAAACUCCUCUUCUUCAAACUCUUCUGGAAGCAGAGCUUUUAAGAGCGGCGGGGAGGAAAAGGUAGAGGCAGAAUCUGUUUUCAAAGUACUUUGGAAGUGGCAAGCCAACUUUCAUCUAUAAUGGAUGUGUAUAGAAGGGGUUGGAUCCAGACUAGGUUAGGUCCCAUUUAAAUCCAUCUGAAAAUUUAGUCAUGAUUUAAAUCUCAUUGAUCUCAAUGGGACCUAAAUGUGACUAAUAUAUAGCAACAUAGGCCAGAAAAAUACGGAGUCAUGGUGGUGGAGCUACCAUUUCUGAAGCCUUGCCAGGCUUCAGGCAAGGCAACCAGGGUUAGAAGGUUGUGGGGCAGAUUCCCCCCUCCUUUUAUGUACUUGGUUUCCAGAUUUUAUUUUUCCUGUCGUUGGUUUCAGUGGGAGGGGAAAUAACUAUGGCAGCUCCAGGACUGGCUUAUUAUUAUUUUUUUGCCCUUGUCUGGGAAAUGGGACUGCUUGAGAUCCAAGGUCUCCCUCAAUCUGUCCCUGCCACACCUGAUUUCCCCAUGCCUUACUGCCACUACAUCACCAAUGACUAAGGAGUGGUGGUGAAGCAGGACCACCUGGAAGAAUUUUACCCUUAUGAUUUCUAUAUAAUCAUCUAUCCAUAUAUAACCAUAUAUCUUUAUGAUGAUUUCUAUAUAUCCAUGUAUACGAAGGGUGUUUGAAUCAUGAAGGCUUCUGCAGAGCUAAAUGCUUAGAUUUUAGAAAUCCAAAAUGACCUCUGCCCCAUUUCUUCCCCCUUGUUCUUCUAAUGCACUCAAUGGCUCGCCAACAUAGUAGGAAGCAAGAAAUCUGAUGUGCCGACACUUUCCUCCGUCCAGGAUGCCCCUCAGCAGCUAAAAACAGGAAAAUGCUAACCACAAUGUCCCCGUUUAUAACAGAUGGCGUGUAGGAGGGUUACCAACAUUGUAAUGGGCAAAUAAGUUUCUUUUCUCCUUUCUUACUAUAAUUCAGGGGAAAGGUCAGGCUGAUGUACCGUGAGGAAAGCAGAAGUUGGGGAGGAUUCUUUACAUGGUCAGGGGCAAGGUUUAUGCAUGCGCUCACUGGUUUGAUUUUUGCUGCCAUAUGCGAUUAUAUACGAUUAUGUCAUGUUUUAUGACGUAUGUACUCAGGUAUAAAGCCUAAGGGCGCUAGAGCUUCGGCGCCCAGUCUUUGGAAACCAUUCCACUGGGUCAUUAUUGCUCAGCAAUAAAAUACCACUUUCUCUUUCUCCAUUGCUGCGUCUGUCAAUUCCUGGACACAAUUUGAGUGGGCCACAGGUACUUUAAAAAUCCUUGCAACAGUGGCAGCAGAGCUUUCCAUUGCUGCAAGUAGGAGGCCUCUAGAAGGAGACUUCCAGAGGUCUCCAUCUGUGAAGGGCAUCUGCAGGAUCCAGCAGCCCCUUGGCCAGAAGCUUAGACUUAAUCCCAAGCACUCAAUAUGGGCCAAUAUUUCGUCAGAUGCUAUUUCCCCAUCUCCAUUAUUUUAGUAAUGGCGAUAGGUAAUUAUAUCCCUUUUUUUGGCUUUCAGGACCUCUACAGUGGAUUAAUUGGGACACUGCUAGUCUGUCGCAGGGAGCAUAUACAAUUACUUUCCACAUCUGCACAGCCGAUACAAUUUAAUGUUCUUUUCUUGGUGUUUGACGAAAACCUGUCUUGGUACCUGGAUGAAAAUAUCAACACUUACGCUGUCAACCCAGAAGGCGUGAACAAAGAAGACGAGGAGUUUAUCGAAAGCAAUAAGAUGCACGGUACGUUUCUAUGGCGAUGGGAUAUUUCCAACACCCACAAUUGCCAGUCAUUAAUCAGACAUUCUGUGUUCAUUACAUUUGCCACAUACAUGCCAAACUGUAUGGCAUAGGGUUGUAUUGCAGCUCUUGGGUCCUUUUCUCUUUUGGAAGCUGGGCUCCAAACAUCCUGCUCGCUUUGUUUCCUUCACAGUUGGCCUCCUGUAAUUCAGUAGGCAGAGCGCAUUUGAGGACCGGCCCUACCAUUGGCUUCACUAUAUUGAAAUUCACGUUCCAUCAAAGAAUGUUUGCGUUCAUGAUAAACUUCUCUUUCCUUAGCCAUUAACGGAAAGGUGUUUGGAAACUUGCAUGGCCUUACAAUGCACGUUGGAGAUAAAGUCAGCUGGUACUUAAUGGGGAUGGGGAACGAAGUGGAUAUGCACACAGCACACUUCCACGGCCACAGCUUCGACUAUAAGGUAAGAUGAUUGGUUCCUGCCUUUAAUUUUAAAUUUAGUGUUGGAGGAAUGAUAAUGCGUUUUUUGGAGAAUGCUCUUAGUCAACUGAAUAUACAAACCUGCUUUAUGCUCAACUGUCCCAGUGUUUUCUUUCGGCUGACAAUACUGCCUGCCAUCUUCUACCUGAUGUAAUGUUAUUGGUGGCAAACAACAAGGGCACCUUGGUGGUUUGUUUGGGAAUAGGGUUUGGGCAGAUCCACAGCAGGCAUUUAAAGUACAUGACUUCCCCAAAAGAAUUCUGGAAACUGUAGUUCAUUAAGAAUGCUUGAAAUUGAAGCUCUGCAAGGGGGAAACUAUAGUUUUCAGGAUUUUUUUGCAGGGGAAGUUUUAAAUGUGCACUUUGUGAUUACAAUAAGUUACUUUAACAUCCUAUCUGUCUCCAAGCUGGCAGGUCUGGAAAGAAUUACAGACCAGCAAUUUCUAUCCUAAUUCAAUGGAAAGGCAACUCUUUAAGAAAGCAACGAUACAAAAAGGGCUACAGUACCCAGCUCCACUGCCCAGUGUCCUAACAGCUACCCCACUGCCACAACCCACACUGCUUUUUCAGAUUUUGGUUUUAACUGGUGGUAGUAGCAGGACCGGAUUGGGCGAAGUUGCUAUUUCUAAUACAUAAAAUGAGGGAUGGGCAAAUCUGUUGUUUUUUGUUUCUCUCCGUUCCCAUUGUUAAGUUUAGUUCUUCACAUUUAGACAUCAAUAUGUUGAAAUGGCUGGGGUAACCCAGUCAGAUGGUUGGGGUAUAAAUAGUAAAAUUAUAAUAAAAUUUGCAUUUAGUGUAAAUUUCUCCUUUUUGUAUGCAAUGUUGCCUAAUAUACACAUUUUUACAAAACAAUUCCCCAUAAUAUAAUGCAUUUUUGCUUGUUAUUUUCACCAAUAUAUGCAUUUUAAUGCACACUUUACCCUAAUAUACACAUAUUUGCACACAUUACUUGGGUAAAGAACUGCAUUGCAAAAUUCAGAGAAGUGCAAAUUUAAAAGAGUUAUAAGCUGAAACCAAUUUCUCCCUCAUGCAAUAAAGGGGAAGUAGGCAUAGAUGGCUCUUACUUAUUUUUUAAAAAAAUAAGUUGCCUGCAUUUUUCUUCCAAUUGUUUAAGUUUCCAGCACAAAUACAUUCAAAGUUCUGCCACAAUAUUCUUAACUCAUUUUAUGUCUUCCAAUUAAUUACUUCAAAGACGCUGCAAAAAUGUUUACUGAUGUGAGGUGGUUGUUUUUUUGUGCUUGCCCUAAAAGAACACCAGAACCUACCGGGCCGAUGUCUUUGAUCUGUUUCCUGGGACUUUUCAAACUGUUGAAAUGUUGCCCAAGUAUCCUGGGACUUGGUUAUUGCACUGUCAUGUGACCGACCACAUCCAUGCUGGCAUGGAGACCACCUACACUGUGCUCCCAGAAGAAAGGUAAGCAGUCACCAAAUGUGUUCGAGGAAAUACGUUGCACUUGCAAGGCCUACCACUAACUGGGGAGAUUUAAGAAAUGGGAAGGAGGCUGAAGGGGUGUGCAAAACAGAAUUUGGGAAGGGGCUCUUCUGAAGACCUCAGGGCAAAACAGAAGUUCACCUGACACCAUCAUAACCCGUCAAAACUUAGCCCGUGAAGGGUGGGGAAAUGAAAUCAUCAGCCUAGAAAGAUUCCACAUCCCUGAGCUACAGCAAUCUUGUGCUGCUCCCCACAUCAGAAGAGCUAACUGAUGUUAUCUGCUGCCAGCAGCACAAUUGAGGCUGACUCAGUGGCAGCUGAGAACAUUGGGUAAGUAAUCAUGAUAGAUGGAGCCAAGGAUAACAAUAGGCAAACUAAGAAUAUCAACCUACAGCAGACGAAGCUUAAGAUCUGCUCCCUGCCCAUUAACAGCGACCACAUAUACCCAACUGUUGCAUUCUUCAAGUGGCCUUACUUCCUCUCUUUUCAGAAAUAAGUCCAGCAGCAGGGAUCCCAUCCUCUACCUCACCUCCAUGAUUCUGUUGUUUUGUGUGGAAUUUCUAUGAUUCCACCAAGUGCUGCUUCCAUCCGCCACUCAGGUUCCUACCCCUGGACUUUUAACAUCCCCUGAGCCUAUUUUUCUAUUGCUUAUUUCCACACCAGGAAGGGAUUCACCUGCUAAUCUCUUCCACUGUGCUAUGCUUAUUGUUGUUGUUUAGUCGUGUCUGACUCUUCGUGACCCCAUGGACCAGAGCACGCCAGGGACGCCUGUCUUCCACUGCCUCCCGCUAUAAAUGAAACUGUGGUGGGGGGAACUGCCAGCAACAACAUUUAAGCAACACACACACUAAAUAAAAGACAGCCAAUCUACUCAAGACUGUUUCGGUUCUUCUUUCUAUGAAUAGUGUGUGUUGCCAGCCUUAGGGGGGGUGGGGUGGGGUGGACAAAAUCCAAGCUAUAUUCACUCUGUCAUUUUGAAUCUCACUUCUGUUGACGUGUACAUCUCACUCACCCAGCUGUUAUUAGACAGCUGCAUUUCAAGUGCAAGUAGAUAAAUAGGUACCACUCUGGCGGGAAGGUAAACGGCGUUUCCGUGUGCUGCUCUGGUUUGCCAGAAGCGGCUUAGUCAUACUGGCCACAUGACCCGGAAGUUGUACGCCGGCUCCCUCGGCCAGUAAAGCGAGAUGAGUGCCGCAACCCCAGAGUCCUCCAUGACUGGAUCUAAUGGUCAGGGGUCCCUUUACCUUUACACAUUUAUAAAUCUUAGUAUUUUUUGGUACUUCCAGACAGUUGUAAAUAGAGACCAGGGAGAAACUCAAGGCAGAUUAAAUAGCACAUGUUAUUGUUUGUGCAGAAAAUCCGUGAUAGGACCAGCUUAUAAGAACAGCCCCAGCAUCUGAUUUCAGUGAAGUCCCGUUACAGAAGCUGCUUGAACAAACAGGCUACUACAGAUCCAAAAGGAAAUCCAAGAACUUGCUGUCACUUGUAUUCAUGGCUUUUGGUGCAGAGAAUUUUAUUAUUAUUAUUCACAUGAGAUUUUCAGCUGUUUGGUUUGUUGGACACCCCAUCUGACACAGGUGAUUAUAAGGAGAAGAAUAAAACUGAAUUAUAUUCACAGUAAAGCUGUCCUUGGAAUGUACUGACAUUUAGCCCAAC